GUAUUAAGAUAAUAACAAUAAAAAAAAAAAAAAAAAAAACUUUGUACAAUAUUUGUUUGUGUUUAGCUAUAUCUGACAUUUUCUGUUUUCGCCGUAUAGCUACUGACUGCAUAAUGAGGUUUCAUAAAUAAUAUGUCUACGUUUUCUGUGUUGACAAAGUCAUACUGGCGUUCUCAUGGUAUCGAUUACAAUUAAAUCAAUAAUUAGAUUUAACGUUGUAGUUUUUAUUUUUAAAUGCAUAUCAUCCCCUCCCCUCCCCCAAUUCCUUUUUUCAGCCUAAAUCUCCCCGUCCGCCACAUUUUCCAGUUGCAGCUGUCUGUCAGCACUUGAUUACAUUUGCUUAAAAUGUGUUGAUAAUUUGCCCUGAACCGACGCUGCAGCUAGAUGCUUGUGUGUAUGGAGGCUAUACCGCUGUAAAAUAUCUGUGUGUCCGUCAGAAAAUACACACGGCCGUGAUUACGGUAACAUUUAUUAAAACAUUUUAGAAGUUAAAAAACAAAACAAAACCAGAUACCGGUGUUAAUAUACUCGAUCUGUUUUUAUAGAAUCGCUGAAGUUUUAAAUUAUACAUGUACAGUACUUGCUUCGGAUUCAUGUCGUUUAAAUUAAACGCACUUCAUUUUCUGACAUUCGGAUUCUUCAAUCUCUGCGCCACGCAUAUUCGCUUCUCAUUGGUCAGUUUCCCUAGUUACGGCUGCGCAGCUCCAGGAUCGGAUCAAGAUUUCGGAUCAGUGGAGCUUGAUCCUGAUCCGCUUAGUACAACGCCUUUUCAUGAUCCGGCUCUAGUGAGCCGGAUCCGAUCCUGUUUUUUGAUCUCGUUAGUACAACCGGCCCCAGAUGUCUUGUGAGGCCAGAGUUUCAUGGUUUGGUUCUCGCUCGGCUCGACAAAUAGCCAGAGGAGAACCACCCAUACCUGCACCGUACCAAGCCCUGACGGGUUGGAUGUGCCAGUGGAGAAGACUUGGCACGGCCUUCAGUUAUAGUAGAAAGUUGCGUGAGGUUAUGUCACAAACUGGAUUUUUACUGGUCAGUCCUUUAAAGCAUGGAAUGUGAUGUAUUUGGCAAAACGGCUGGGGUUCGAUACCAUCUGGUUUGGGUACCUGCAAACCACAGUAGGAAUAAUCCAGCUCUUGGGUGGACCUGUCUUUGGCAGGUUUGCGGAUCUGCACGGCGCUCGCGCUGCCCUCACCCUGUCCAGCUUGUCUUCAGCUGUAUACUUCAUGAUCCUGGGCUGCGCCACUAAUGUGCCUCUUCUCUUCAUCUCCAAGCUGCCGGCCGUAUUCAUGCAUGGAAUGCCAGGCAUGCAGAUGGUCGUGACAGACCUGACUGAGCCAGGGAAUCGAGCCAGUGCUCUGGGGAGACUGGGGCUGUGCUUCGGAGUGGGCAUGAUCAUGGGAUCAUCGCUCGGGGGCUCCCUCAGCACACGAUACGGGGAAUCCUUCGCAGCGUUUGUUGCAGCAGCAGGGAGUCUCCUCAACGCCGCUCUGGUGGUGAAAUUCAUCCCUGCCCACACCAAGAAACGAGCAGAAACAGAUAGUGCCACAGACAAGAAUCCUGAGGUGGGAGCUGGAGCUGUGUUCAACCUGAGUGAAAUCACCAGGCUGAUGAGGUGCCCGGGAGCUGGGGAGAUGUUCACCAUCAAGAUCAUUUCAGGACUGCCCUCAGUUGUCUUCCAGGUUAUGUUCUCCGUCAUUGCCAUGAACUUCUUCCACCUUAAGGCUGAGCAGACUGGGUACCUCUUGUCCUACUUUGGGCUCGUCCAAAUGGUUAUCCAAGGUGGUCUGAUUGGAAGGUUGACGGGUAAAUAUUCUGAAAGAACUCUGCUCCUGCUGUCAAUCGGCACUGCUAGCAUUGUGGGUUUGGCACAGGCACUGAUGACAAAUGUACAAGAGUUCUGUGUAGUUGUCAUACCAAUGAUGUUUUCUCUGUGUAUGUUCAACGUCAUCACAGACACCAUCUUAACCAAGAGUGUUCCCUCUUCUGACACUGGUACAAUGCUGGGGCUGUGCUCCUCAGUCCAGGCACUGCUCCGGACUGUCGGUCCAACCAUAGGAGGAUUUCUAUACCAGAAUUACGGCGUCUUGUCAUUUGGUUACAUACAGUGUGCAGUCAAUCUGCUGCUCUUUCUCUACCUCUUGAAAAGCAACUUCAGAAAAACUGAAGGGCAUCAAAGUUGAAAGUUGAACCGUAUAACUGAAACAAAAAUCCAGGUUUUGUUUAUGUGUAUAAUGUACAUUAGCUCAAAAAUAAUUUUGUAUGAUUUAAGUACAUUGUAUUAGUCUGGAGUACUGGAACCUCAAAACAAGCUUACCACAAUGCUUUGUUCUCCCCAGAUGGUUUACCAUAAUAGUGACUGUAAUAUUUUAGGAUUUACCUAAAUUUUAUAUUAUUUUUCUAUUAUUUAAUUUCAUGAAUUUAUAUUCUAUAUAUAUUUGCCAUGCUUACUAACUAUUUGUACAGUGUAAUGCCAAAAUUCUUCCCCACCUCACUUCCCCACAAACAGCUUUCCGGAGUAUUUUUGUUGGAAUAGUUUGCAAGCAUGGCAGAUCCAGGAUAUUAAACAAUAAUUAAAUAUUGUAGCUGAGCCCUUUAACUUGAGUUACCAGACUCCUAUUAGCUUUUUAAAGUAGUAUUUGAAAUAAUAAGCAGUUUGGUUUUAGACCCAAUUUGAAUUUACUGGCAUAUUUCCAGACUUUCCAGAUUUAAAAUACAUUUGUUUGGCUGUCACUGCUCUUUUUAAAAGCCACCAUUGAAACUAUUACCUGCAAUUUCAUUUCUGUAUCUGUAUCUAUGAUUCUAUUAUUCUGCUACAUUCCUGGAAAUGUGACUAGGCGUGGGAGUAAUUAUCAUUUGAACACAUAAAUAAGCACAUCACAUGUUGUUUUUAUAAAAACAAGCAGUUUCCAUAUGCUGCGAAAUCUAGUUCACAACAACAGGAAAUCAAACUGCUGUGAUUCGCAACUUCUAAUAAUGUACAGAUCCAUCUCCAUUGUUCAGGAGUGCCGUUCACAGACAGGAACGACGUCUAGUGAAACAGACCUCUAACUGUUCAAAGUGACUGAGCCUGGGGAUUCCGAUAAUGAAAUUAUUGAUUAGGGGCUUUAACUUUGAUUGCAACAUUCUCUCUCACACGCUCUUUCUCCUCGGUCUGCUUUUUACUUGUUGGCUUUUUAAAAUGAAGCCAUACAGCUGUUUUCUCCCAUAACAGAGUGGAAAUAAGUUAUUUCCCAAAGACCCAUUUAAUUAUGUGGCACACACACACACACACACACACACACACACACAUCCCCCCGGGCAUCUCUUUAUGGAUAAAUUGGUUGUCUACAGGAAGAGAGAUGAACAAAACAACUCUGCAGCAGAAUUGCUGAUCCUAUUGGUGACUGUCAGAAACAUGAUUAUCGCUAAUAAUUUCUCAGUGAUUAAAUAAUGUAAUUGUAUGUAAAUAUAAUGUGAUAUCUUGUAACAAUUGUAAGUCACCCUGGAUAAGGGCGUCUGCUAAGAAAUAAAUAAUAAAUAAAUAUUGAAGACUUAACAAA